UCAUACUCUUAUUGAAAAAUGCUACUUUGAAAGAAGAAAAAAAAACAGAGCAAAAAUAUGAUGGAAGCAGUGCAUGAAGACAUCGUGAUUGUGGGAGCUGGAAUUGCUGGCCUUACAACAUCCUUGGGACUUCACAGGCUGGGCAUUCGAAGCUUAGUACUGGAAUCCUCGGAUAGUUUGAGGAUCACAGGAUUUGCCUUCACGACAUGGACAAAUGCUUGGAAGGCCUUGGAUGCUGUUGGACUUGGCGACUCCCUCCGAGCAAAUCAUCAACGGCUUUAUGGUAGUGCGGCUACCUCUACAAUUUCAUCUGGAGCCAAAGGCCACGAAGUUCGUUGUCUUCAAAGGAAGUUGUUGUUGGAAGCCCUUUCAAACGAACUCCCAAGUGGCACCAUUAGGUUCUCUUCCAAGGUGGUUUCUGUAGAGGAAUCAGGCUUCUAUAAGCUUGUGCAUCUUGCAGAUGGAACCAUUCUCAAAACCAAGGUGUUGAUUGGGUGUGAUGGAGUGAACUCAGUGGUGGCAAAGUGGCUGGGCUUCAAGAAUCCGACUUUUACAGGGAGAUGUGCCAUCAGGGGCUGUGUGGAUUUCAAGCGAAGUCACGGGUUUGCUCCGAAGUUCAGGAUGUUUGUUGGGAAAGGUUUUCAAUCUGGUUUUAUUCCUUGCAAUGAUCAAACCGUCUUUUGGUUUUUCACUUGGACUCCCUCAGGCCAAGAGAAAGAGAUAGAAGAUAAUCCAACUGAAAUGAAGCGACUUGUGUUAAGCAAGCUAGAAAACGCACCUGAUGAAAUAAGGGGUAUUAUUGAAAACACUGAUCUGGAUGGAAUUAUGUUAUCCCCAUUAAGGUACAGACAUCCAUGGGAGCUUCUUUGGGGAAAUAUAAGCAAAAACAAUGUUUGUGUGGCCGGUGAUGCACUCCAUCCCAUGACCCCAGACAUCGCCCAAGGUGGUUGUGCUGCCCUGGAAGACGGUGUUGUCUUGGCAAGGUGUCUUGCUGAGGCGUUAUUGAAAGAACCAGGUGGGGAGAAAGGUGAAAGAGAGGAAUGUAAGUGGAUUGAAAUGGGGUUGAACAAGUAUGCCAAGGAGAGGAGGUGGAGAAGCAUUGCGCUCAUUAGUAUAGCUUAUAUGGUUGGCUUCAUCCAGCAGGGUGAUGGAAAAGUGAUGCACUUCUUAAGGGAUAAAGUUUCUGCAUACUUACCUGGGUUGCGGUUCAAGAUGGCUGAUUUUGAUUGCGGGAAGCUUAGCAUUUCGUAGAGAUAAAAGCAAUUUUUGUUUAUAAUAAUGGGUGUGAUGGAUUGUUGCCCAUAUGUUUUAAAGCAAUGUAAUUGAAGUGUAGAAGACAUGCAUGCAUUCACCUGGUAAAGAUUUUAAUUGGAGA